AUGAAGGUGUCUGAAAGUUUGUGGAGGACCAGUGGACAGAGUGAAGAUGAUGUUUUGAAGGCUGCACACGAAAUAUUCCUCAACGAUCACAAGGCCACGUUCUCAUUGGAGCAUGCGUGGAGGGAGCUUAGGAAUGAUCAGAAAUGGUGUGGGACUUAUGGAAGUAGUCAACAAAGCUCUGGUUCAAAGAGAAAGAGGGUGGGGGAAGACCAAUCUUUUCAGUCAUCAGCAACUAUUCCCAGUGUCAAUGGAGAGGAUGAAGCAACGGCGAGGCCUAUUGGUGUGAAGGCAGCCAAGGCGAAGGCUAAAAGGUCAAUGGGAGAAGAAGGCAAGAAUCUGCAAGAUUUUCAGCAAAUGUGGGAGUUAAAGGCGAAGGACAUAGCUGCAAAGGAGAAGCAUGACAACAAGAAACUGCUUGACAAACUCCUUGGAAAAAUAGAGCCGCUUACUGAUUUAGAAGUGGCGCUUAAGGAGAAACUCAUUAAAGAUAUCUUAUCAAUGUAA